CUCAAAGAUACGACUUAGUGCAAAUCUGAAAUCAGUUGUGAAUUUCUGUGUGUAAAAACAAUAUUUGUUUUUUGAUAGAGUGUCUCUUUUAAAUACAAGUUUGUUCCUGAUUUAAGAUAAAUGAGCAACCUGCAGGUUUAUUGCGAAGACCCUAUAAUAAAUUUACCAAAUGGAAAAAUACGUGGUCAAAUGGUAAAAUCCCGUGUUGAUGACAGCUUUACAUUUUAUUCCUAUCAAGGAAUUCCGUUUGCUGCACCUCCAAUAGGAAAAUAUAGGUUUCUUCCUCCUCAACCUGUUCAAAAUUGGGAUGGCAUUAAGGAUGUGUUUGAUAAUGAAGUGUCAUGCUGGGCUAGCGAUAAAGUGGAAGCAAAAGCUACUGAAGAUUGUCUCUAUUUGAGUGUUUAUACACCUGUUGCUCCAACUAAUAAUACAAAAUUAAAUGUGUUGGUAUUCAUGUAUGGAGGAGGAUUUCACCACGGUCAUAUGUCAUACGGCCAUAAAAAAUCUUCAUUUAUAGUACAAAAUGACAUAAUAUUAGUCACCUUUAACUACAGAGGUGGACCAUUUGGUUUUUUAUCUACAGGUGACUCUGUUAUUCCUGGCAAUAUGGGUUUAAAAGAUCAACAAGCUACUCUUAAAUGGGUUAAUCAAAAUAUACAUUUAUUUGGUGGCGAUCCUGAUAAAGUUACUUUAAUGGGUCAAAGUGCUGGAUCUGCAUCAAUGACUUACCACUUGUUGGCUCCUGGAUCAUCUGGUUUAUUUAGGGCUGCUGUAGGUUGCAGUGGAUCAGCUUUUUGUACAUGGGCUUAUCAAAGAAAUGCUGUUGACGCAGCAUAUGGAGUAGCAGCAGAAAUUGAUCCAAGUUUUACUAGAAAUCGAUCUUCCGAGGAGCUUCUAGAGUUUCUACAAAGUGUCGAUGCUGUUGAAAUAGUUAAUACGAAUAUUACUUAUAACCUGUUUGCUCCAGUAAUAGAGGUCCCUCAUGAUGGAGCUUUUAUUUCUGAAAAUAUGUAUGAUAAUGCCCUCAAUGGAAAUUUUAACAAAGUUCCAGUAUUAAUGGGAAUUAAUUCAGAAGAAGGAAUUGGCUUGGGAAGAGAUAUGCCUUCAUUUCUGCAACGUCUUAGAUCUUAUGACAAAAAUCCACGGUUAGGUGUAAAUGACGAUAUGUAUAUUACUGACGACGAUGUCAAACUCCAAGUAGGGAAAGAAAUUAAUAGAAUUUAUGUAGGAGAUGGAUUACUUGAAGACAAUCCUGGUAAAGGUAUUCAGAUGUACAGCGAUGAUAGAUAUGCCAGGGCUAUUAUUAAAUUUGCAGAACUAAUUGCUCGACAUGUGGAUGUAUUCUUUUAUCAAUUCUCUUAUCAUGGAGAAUUAGGAAAAGUUACAAAUAAUGUUACAAUACCUGGUAUAGGUAAGGUAAAACAUGCUGAAGAUCAGCGAUAUUUUUGGUCCGAACAUGAUGAUUAUAGCGCAUAUCCUAAAAGUGAUAUCAUAACAGUGGCAAGAUACAACAAGUUAAUAUCUAAUUUUGUCAAAACUUUAAAUCCCACUCCCUUUGAAGAUGAUCUAUUUCAGAAGCUGACAUGGCCAAAAGUUAAAAAGAACAAUUACUUAUAUUUGGAUAUUGAUAACGAUUUAACAAUACAAGAAAAUCCAAGAAACUUCUCGUACAGUUACUGGGUAGACAUAUUUGAGAAGUAUGUCCCGAAACCAUUUAUAUCGUAUUAGCAAUGUUAUAAGUGUAUAAAAAUAUAUUAUUAAUAAUAA